GUUCACUGGAUAGAGCAUCUAACAAGUAGUAGAAUAUAUCUGAGAUGGAUCAAACGUUAAAAGAAGCGAGUACAGAUGGAAACCCACAGUCCCUGGAAAUAUUGAAAACAGUAUUUCAAAAUGGCCCAAUUGCAGCAAAUGUUUUGUUUGCAUUAAUUAUGAUGGCCAUCGAAAAGUUAGUGGAGCUGGAAUUUGAGUGCCCCUGUGAAGGGAUAUACUUGAAUGGUGGUUUUGUUGCUACAUUCUUCAUCAUUCCUGGAAUUUUGGCCUAUGUGCUGAUGGCUUCAUUGCAAGGAAUGAAGUUCUCAUGUGACAUUGAAAAUAAAGGGACAAUCUUGCGCCGAUCUAUCCCUGCAUUUUUGUGGGCAAUCCUGCUGCUCUUUAAUGGCAGCUACAUUACUUGUGCAAUGACUGAUUGGUCAGGCACGUAUGUAGCUGUUGACAAAGUUGCCCCACUGAAAUGGUGUGAACCAGAAAACGGUACCUCAUACCAGGAGAGAUUGAAGAAAUCUCAGGACUGGUACGUUUACUCUCAGUGGGCUGGAAUUGCCUUUAUCGUGGUCUUGAUCUUACUGAUCAUAAAAUACAUCCUGAAAGGGCAAUCCAGUCCUCCUGCACAAAGUGAGAGUCUCCAAGUUCCCCCAGGCCAAACAGAUCAACCCUUUGGCUCAGGCUCAGCUGUCCCACUCAAACCUGUCCAUACCAACACUCCUGACACCAAUGCCACACCUAUGUGAACAAGCAAAGGAUCUGCAUCUGUCCGCCCUGCUUUUUCUUUUCUUAUUUUUUCUGUUUGAUUAAAAAAAUACAAAGUCUGUAUGUGUGUUCACAAGUCUUUUCAUCCUACAAGUUAACAAACUUUUGAUACCUUUCAAAGUUUGUGUUUUUUUUUAACUGUUGUGGUUGAAUUCCUUUGCCAAGUUUAAGUUAAUUCAAGAACUGAUAAUAUUCCUGCAAAUAUUUGUUUUGUUUUGUGUAUUUACAACACAACAUAUACCAGUGAAACUGGGAAUUACAUUGAGGAUUAUUUAGAAAAUACAGAAAUGGAAAGAGCGUUUUUUAAAUUAAAAAAAAAUAAAGGUUUAUUUAUCUAACUGAGGAAUCCGUGGUGCUCCUGGACAUUGGUAAACACAGACUCCUCCUAUCAAAUCUCCGUGCUUGGCUGAGUCACUCCUUGAGAAUCUCCCUGCACUGUAACUGUACAAACUGUAAAAUAAAAGUAUCAAGGGCACUAAAAAGUUGUACUUUUUAUAAUUCAAAUGUCUCGCUAAAUAACCAGUGUCACUGUUUUGUUUUGUUUUUCACCUAUGUGAGAUAUAUGGUGUUUACUUUUAUGUGUUGUUGGAUUUUACUUCUGCAAAUGAUUAUGUGAUUUUUACAUUUUUCAGUAGCUUAAUCUGUAGCAUUCUAUAUUUUAUAAGGGUCUUAAUUGUUUGUGCCAUCUGUUUCCUGUCAGAACCAUUUCUAAAAAAAUCUGUCUGUUUCCUAUUCUGAGUCCUUAUACAUCUAACUUAAGAUCCUUAUUUAAUGGGAAGACUUUCUCAUCCCAUAAAGGGAUGUUUAAUUCUACAGUGUAUCCUUCAUUUUAUCAGAAUCAUACAAAAUGAUAAUUUUAGUUCGAUUGUUUGUUUGUUUUUUCUUUUGUAACAGGAUGGGAUUUUGUAUUUACAUUUAAGUAAAUAAAGAUUUUAGAAAAAUGUAGUGGUUGCAGUACAUCAGUAUUUGUCUGUAAGAUAGUGUAGUAGAGGUAUACUGAAGCAUUUGAGUCAACUGAGCUAAAUUCCAUUACUUGUAAUUUUUAACAACAUAAAUACAAAAUAUAUUUUAUUACAUAUAAGAUAUAUUUCAUCCAUCCAUCUGUUUUCCUUCACUUAUCUAGUGUGACUGAUGAGCUGGAGUCCAUCCCAGCUGUCACAGAAUGACAGGCAGGAUAUACCAGUCUGAAUUGUAGUAGUGUAUCACAGAAGAUUAUAUAUCUUUAUCAUUGGCCACCUUCUCUCUGACACUUAUUUUCUUGUCAGGGUUCAUUUGUGGAAUUUCCUGCCUUCCUAAUGUGGUUGGGACCAUCAGCUGUGUCAGCUGUUAUCAGAAGUCAGGUUGGUGCAUAGCUGACAUCCCUAUUUGACAAGAUUCACCUUUGCUGCUGAGGAUAAAUUCAUCUCAGUCACCAGCCUCAGAAAUCGCAAGUUAACAGCACAUCAGAUUAGAGCCCAGACAAAUGCUGCACAGAGUUCCAGUAGCAGACACAUUUCUACUGCUCAACUUUUCAGAGGAGCCUUUGCAAAUCAGAUCUUUAUGGUGAAAUAGAUGCUAAGAAACCACGACUAAGGAAAAGCAACAAGCAGAAGAGAUUUGUUUGGGCCAAGAAACACAAGGAAAUCUAUGCUUUGGUCUGAUGAGUGCAAAUUUCAGAUCUUUGGUUCCACCUGCAGUGUCUUUGUGCACCGCAGAAAAAGUGAACAGAUGGUCUCUACGUGCAAGGUUCCCACCAUGAAGCAUA